AUGGAGGAGAUAGGCAUCCUGGUGGAGAAAGCUCAGGAUGAGAUCCCAGCCCUGUCUGUGUCACGGCCCCAGACUGGCCUGUCCUUCCUGGGGCCUGAGCCAGAGGACCUGGAGGACCUCUACAGCCGCUACAAGAAGCUACAGCAGGAGCUGGAGUUCCUGGAGGUGCAGGAGGAGUAUAUCAAGGAUGAGCAAAAGAACCUGAAGAAGGAAUUCCUCCAUGCCCAGGAGGAGGUGAAACGAAUCCAGAGCAUCCCAUUGGUUAUCGGGCAGUUUCUGGAGGCUGUGGAUCAGAAUACAGCCAUCGUGGGCUCCACCACAGGCUCCAACUACUAUGUGCGCAUCCUGAGCACCAUUGACCGGGAGCUGCUCAAGCCCAACGCCUCGGUGGCCCUCCACAAGCACAGCAACGCCCUGGUGGACGUGCUGCCUCCCGAGGCCGACAGCAGCAUCAUGAUGCUCACCUCAGAUCAGAAGCCAGACGUGAUGUAUGCGGACAUCGGGGGCAUGGACAUCCAGAAGCAGGAGGUGCGGGAGGCCGUGGAGCUCCCACUCACACACUUCGAGCUCUACAAGCAGAUCGGCAUCGACCCACCCCGAGGCGUCCUCAUGUACGGCCCACCUGGCUGCGGGAAGACCAUGCUGGCCAAGGCUGUGGCUCAUCACACGACAGCUGCAUUCAUCCGCGUCGUGGGCUCAGAGUUCGUACAGAAAUACCUGGGCGAGGGCCCUCGCAUGGUCCGGGACGUGUUCCGCCUGGCCAAGGAGAACGCACCUGCCAUCAUCUUCAUAGAUGAGAUCGAUGCCAUUGCCACCAAGAGAUUCGAUGCCCAGACAGGGGCUGACAGGGAGGUUCAGAGAAUCCUGCUGGAGCUACUGAAUCAAAUGGAUGGAUUCGAUCAGAACGUCAACGUCAAGGUGAUCAUGGCCACAAACAGAGCAGACACCCUGGAUCCUGCCCUGCUGCGGCCGGGACGCCUUGACCGAAAAAUUGAAUUUCCACUCCCUGACCGCCGGCAGAAGAGACUGAUUUUCUCUACUAUCACCAGCAAGAUGAAUCUCUCUGAGGAGGUUGACUUGGAAGAUUAUGUGGCCAGACCAGAUAAGAUUUCAGGAGCUGAUAUCAACUCCAUCUGUCAGGAGAGCGGGAUGUUGGCUGUCCGAGAGAAUCGCUACAUUGUUUUGGCCAAGGACUUCGAGAAAGCAUACAAGACAGUCAUCAAGAAGGACGAACAGGAGCAUGAAUUUUACAAAUGA